CGAAAUGUUGAUCAAACGACUCAAAACAUACCUCGUAGCGCUUAUUCUGUGUGGCUCUGGGCACAGAUGUUCUAUUGUAAAGGAGCUUUCAGGGACCCAGUCGUUGGAUACCAUCAACUUCAACUCGCAGAAUGUUUCUCCAAGUUGGGCGAAACUAUUUCAGGCGUAUAAAACAGACAUGGAUGAAUUAAAAGAUCAGGGAAGAGACAUCAAACAAGUGCUACGAUACCUUAAUGAGAAAAAAGAAGAAGCCCUGGCUCUGAAAAAUGUACGCACUUGCUUCGAUGUUCGGAACCUGACAUCUGGAAUAUAUCACCUUCAGCCACAAAAUGGAUUCGGGAAACCGUUCGAAGCCUUAUGCGAUAACGACUACUCAGAUGGAGGUUGGACGGUGAUCCAGUAUCGUUUUAAUGGUUCCGUAGAUUUCUACCGAGGCUGGGGGGCCUACGAGGAAGGAUUCGGAGAUCUGGAAGGCGAAUUCUGGUUGGGUUUGGAGAAGAUUCAUCAGCUCACUUAUUCCAAGCGGCAUGAGUUGCACGUGAUUUUGGAAGACUUUGAGGGUAAUUCCAAAGUGGCCCAAUACGAUGACUUCCGCGUGACCGAUAAGGCAGAAAUGUACAAGCUGAAGAGCCUCGGCCAGUACAAUGGCACAGCAGGGAACUCGCUCAAUGAUCAUCGCGAUCAAAAGUUCACUACCUUCGAUGUGGACAACGAUCAAUGGUACCACGGUAAUUGUGCAAACCUUGCAUCUGGCGCUUGGUGGUACAACAACUGUGGUAAUAGCAACCUCAAUGGAAGAUAUCUGGGCAAAGGUGCUAAUCCCGAAAGAAAUGGAAUGUACUGGCGAGAUUUCCAUAAGUCCUUGUAUUCGCUCAAAAGCUCACGAAUGAUGAUACGGGUGAAAGCUUAAUCCACAUUGAAGUUCUUCUGCUGAAUUUCGGCUAACUAUUUCUUACACCUACACCUAUGAAAUGAUAAUAAGAAAAAUGUUCUUGAUUUUUUUUAAGAUAAGGAAACCUAUUAUCAUGUUA